AUGGAUACAGGGAAACCUGGGGUAUGCAGAAAGGGUAUGAGAGGCGAAUUGGGGGUGGCACAAAGUAGUGCUGGCCCGAAGGUGGCAGUAGCACGGCGGCGCAGUGGAAUACAGAGCAGGGAAGGUUCUAGAAUGUUGCAAUGUGACCACUACUUGCCGCUAGAUCCGUACAAUCAAGUAGUGGAGGGACAUUUACGGGACACUGGCUUUUAUCAUGUUUUACAGAUUGGAGUUGUCCAAUGUCAGUCAGCAUUGGUUAAUGCUCUGAUCGAGAGAUGGCUCUCUGAAACUCACACAUUCCAUUUUCCGGUUGGUGAGUGUGCCAUAACGCUUGAAGACGUGGCGUUAAUUCUUGGUCUUCUGACGAAUGGUUUGCCAGUCACAGGACCGACACUCAAUAGUUAUGAGGCAUUAGAGGCUGAAUGCUUGGAUCAGUUUGAUGUUGCACCUAGGAAGGCACACUGUAGGAAAAGUUUCAUCAAGUUGAUGUGGAUUCGAGGAUUGAAAGAUCGUUUAGUGUUGGUUGAUGAUAUUCAGAUUCAGAGAUACUACCUCUCCGACGAGAGCGCCUACGCCGUCCGCUGGGCUGUCCAGCAAUAUAUCCGUCCCGGUGACGCCGUUAUCCUCCUCCACGUCAGCCCCACUAACGUCCUGUUCGGUGCCGACUGGGGCUCCAUCGACCUCGCCAUCAACACUGACCCAGCUUUAGACGACGAAGGCAUUACCACCACCGCUUCCAUCAACGACAGUUCUGGCGGCGGCAGUGGCGACCACAACAAGCGCAAGCUCGAAGACGAUUUCGAUGCGUUCACGGCGACAAAGGCCGCCGAUCUCGCUAAGCCUUUGCGUGAGGCACAAAUCCCUUUCAAGAUCCACAUCGUGAAGGACCAUGACAUGAAGGAGCGCCUCUGCCUCGAGGUCGAGCGCCUCGGUCUCAGUGCCGUCAUCAUGGGAAGCCGCGGAUUCGGUGCCGUGCGUCGCGGCAGCGAUGGGCGCCUUGGCAGCGUUAGCGACUAUUGCGUGCAUCACUGCAUUUGCCCCGUUGUUGUUGUCCGCUAUCCCGAAGAUAAGGACGGCGGCCUCGCGGCUGGUGCUAGAGCUGGGGAUGCCGUGGUGGCAAAGCAGGGCGGCGACGGCAAGGCUGUGAUCAAGCCUGUGACGGCGGUGCAGGAUCAUAAAAAAGAGCAUUAGCUGAAGCCAAGUUGUUGGCCAAGUCGUUGCUUCAAUCUUUUCACUGCAAGUGUGCUCUUAUGCCUUCCUUCGCCCCCUCUCUAUCAUCUGCAACUAUAAAGAAAAAGAAAGAAGCACAUAUGUUUUCUUGAUAUCAGUGGUCAAAUGGUAUCCCCUUGUACCAUGCUUCUUAUUGGGGUCAACAAUGCUUGUAUAUAAGUAUAUCAGAUGUUACAUUUUUUUAUGCUGUUUAAAAUUUUAAACUUUGUCAUGAGAUGCUUUCAUUAAUACAUGUAUCUUGAUUUUUCUCCUGUGGUUUGGAUUUUUUAUUGGAUUGCAGAAUGUAUUUGAUCCGAAAGGGAUUGGUGGUAAUGGUUAUAGAGUGCUCUCUUUCUCUUUCUGUCAGGUUGUACUUAGUGCAUUUCCUGCAUAUGAACAUUGAAAAGGAUUAUGGCUAGUUUUUGUAUGGAUUAAUAUGGUAGCGAAACCUUUUUUGUUCCCAAGUUGUAUAUACUAUAUACUCUUUUCACGUAGAUACAUAAGUUUC